AUGGAAGAACUGAAGAGGCUGAAUAUAGAGAUAACAGAUUCCGGUGAUACAUCUCCUAUAGAGGUUUUAAUAGGUGCAGAUAUUGCAGGAAAACUCUAUACCGGAAGAAGACAUAUUUUAGGAUGUGGACUGGUAGCUGUAGAAACCUUAUUGGGCUGGACUUUGAUGGGAAAGAUACCUUUAGAUCAACAGGACAAUCGCACCGCGACAACGGUUUCACUUUUUAUUAGCAACGCGUCGAUUAGUCAACUGUGGGAGUUAGAUGCUUUGGGUAUCAAUGAUCCGGCUGAAAGGAAGACAAGGGAAGAAAUAGCGCUAGCAGCAAAGCAACUUUUCUUUGAGACUGUUGCAACAGAUUCCACAGGACGAUAUGAAACCAGACUGCCAUGGUUAGAAGGACAUCCGGCAUUACCAAGUAACUACCAGAUGGCUAAGAAACGGCUGGAUACCACGUUGAAGAAGAUAAACAAAGAUGGAUAUCUUGAAGCCUACGGCCAAAUAUUUAAAGAAUGGCUGGAUGAAAAUAUAAUUGAGGAAGUGUUCGAGGAGCAGCCGAACCGAGGUCAUUAUUUACCCCACAGGCCGGUAAUUAAGCCUAAUAGCGCGUCCACAAAAAUCAGACCAGUUUUUGACGCUUCAGCGAAAGAAAAAGACAAACCUUCUUUAAACCAGUGCCUUGAAAAGGGGGUUAACUUGAUUGAAUUGAUUCCUGCUAUUUUAUUAAGAUUCAGACGACAAGAAAUCGGUGUAAUCUCAGACAUUCGCAAAGCCUUUUUACAGAUUGGGAUACACAAAGCUGACAGAGAUUUUCUUCGUUUUCUUUGGAUAGAUGAUGCAGGGAAAGAAAAGGUGUACCGCCACUGUCGUGUGGUAUUCGGGAUUAGCAGUAGUCCGUUUUUAUUAGGAGCUUCACUAGAACAUCAUUUUUCCUUGAUGUUAACAAGAUGUGCGUCAAAACUGCUGAAUGUUUCGGAAGACACUAUUUUAAAAUUGUCGCAUAGUUUUUACGUUGACAAUUGCGUUACUAGUGUUGCUAAUGAACAGGAGCUGCGAAUUUUUGUAGAAGAGUCGAAUAUAAUAAUGGCUGAAGGCAAGUUUGAUCUCAAAGGGUGGGAGUAUACAGGCCAACCCCCCGAUGACACUAUUGAUGCCUCGACCCAAGUCUUGGGAAUAAAAUGGAACAAGAUAGACGACACCUUGUGUCUACGACAAGAGGAUGAAGAUACAGAUCUACCUCUUGAAAAACCUAUAACUAAAAGAGUCAUACUCUCACAAGCGCAGCGCGUGUUUGAACAGUUGCUAGAGUCCAAAUGUCCACAUACAUUAGCAUUAGACGAUGCUUCCGUGGACAACUUUAGUCACCGCUCAUCAGCUGGCUUGUGGCAGGGAUAG